GUCCGACUCAGCGCUAUAAAAGCAGGCCGGGCAGCUGUGUCGUUUAAACGUGUUUUGUCUUUUUGUGUGGUUAGAGCUUAAGAUAGUGUUUCAGCUAUGUCUGGUCGCGGAAAAGGAGGCAAAGGACUCGGGAAGGGAGGCGCUAAGAGGCACCGAAAAGUCCUUCGUGAUAAUAUCCAAGGUAUUACUAAGCCAGCUAUCCGGCGCUUGGCUCGUCGUGGUGGAGUGAAGCGUAUUUCUGGCUUGAUUUACGAAGAGACUCGUGGAGUGCUGAAAGUGUUCCUGGAGAACGUCAUUCGUGAUGCUGUCACCUACACGGAGCACGCUAAGAGGAAGACUGUGACCGCCAUGGAUGUUGUCUAUGCUUUGAAACGCCAGGGCCGUACCCUCUACGGUUUCGGUGGUUAAAUUUCUCAUACCUGCUUUUUACAAAAACACAAAGGCUCUUUUCAGAGCCGCC